GGGGGUUGAUGGAACAUUGGGAGUUAUACCACCGAUCUCAAUAAUGUUGUACGUAGCCAUUGGUGUAACAUAGCUGUUCGAAACAAGGAAAUGGUUGUGUUGGUCACAUCUAAAAGCUCACUGCUGUCUUAACUGGAUCCCGGUCGACAGUGCUCCACGAAGCCAGGAAUGGCGUAGAGGGCAAUUCAGAACACGAAAAACAGGACUGUUAACUGACGAUGCAGGCUUGACCGUGGUUGUUCGGGGGGGAGUUUACUUCAGAUCCGGAAACUGGUAGGAGGUAGCUUGCUCGCUGCACCGUAACGUUAAUGCCAACAUGGCAGCGAGCAGUCAAGGCCCAGGAAAGGGGGUCGGGGAAGACAAGACACCCGCACGUAGACAGAGUGAAGGUAACACCAAGCUGAAGUACAUAAGUCUGGCCGUGCUGGUGGUCCAGAAUGCCUCGCUCAUCCUCAGCAUCCGCUACGUGCGCACGUUGCCCGGCGACCGCUUCUUCACCACGUCGGCGGUCGUCAUGGCGGAGGUGCUCAAGCUGCUCACCUGCCUCUUCAUCCUUCUGCUCCAGAGGAGAGGGAACGUGAGGGACUUUAUUGGACUGCUGUACGAUUCCAUCGCGAUUCAGUACUGGGACACCCUGAAACUGGCUGUCCCGUCGCUCAUCUACACGCUGCAGAACAAUCUCCAGUACGUGGCCAUCUCCAACCUACCGGCUGCCACCUUCCAGGUGACGUACCAGCUGAAGAUCCUGACCACGGCCCUGUUCUCCGUGCUCAUGCUACGCAAGAGCCUGUCGCGGGUGCAGUGGGUGUCGCUGGUGCUGCUGUUCGCGGGCGUGGCCAUCGUGCAGGUGGAGCAGGAGGGCAAGCAGAAGGAGACCACCGUCCUGAACACCAACCAGAACUACGCCAAGGGCCUGGUGGCGGUGGUGGUGUCCUGCCUGUCGUCCGGCUUUGCGGGUGUGUACUUCGAGCGCAUCCUGAAGGGGAGCUCCGCCUCGGUCUGGCUGCGGAACGUGCAGCUGGGCCUCUUCGGCACGCUGCUGGGCCUCCUGGGACUGUGGUGGAACGACGGCGCCGCCGUCGCCCAGCAGGGCUUCCUGUUCGGCUACACGCCCAUGGUGUGGGGCGUGAUCUUCAACCAGGCCUUCGGCGGCCUGCUGGUGGCGGUGGUGGUCAAGUACGCGGACAACAUCCUCAAGGGCUUCGCCACCUCCUUCUCCAUCAUCGUCUCCACGGUGACGUCCGUCUACCUCUUCGGCUUCCACGUGGACCUGCUGUUCACCCUGGGCGCGGGCAUGGUGAUCGGGGCCGUCUACAUGUACAGUCUGCCCAAAGCGGCGGCGCCCUCCCUCGCGGCCUCCUCCUCCUCCUCCAUCUCCUCCGUCUCCUCCUCUUCCUCGCACACACGGAGCCACUUGUCCAACGGUGAUGGAGACUCAGAGACGGACGCUUUCCUCCCCAAGUUCCAAGGGAAGGAAAAAGGGUGUUGACGCCGUUCUGGGGUUCUUUCUGAACGUGGCGUCGGAUCCGGAUUCGUCCUCCGGCAUUCCUCUCCCGCGCCAAAGGGUUGAAAGGAAUUCAUCAGAAGUCACAUACCGCCUUUUUAAGUAAUUGUGAAUCCAAAUGUGUACAUCAACAUUCAAGGUUCAUGCGGUGUAACGUGGACGGUGUAACAAAAACAAUUUGUCAUUAUUAUGUGUGACUAAUAAUUUAAUAACUAACCUCUAAUACACAGAUGGACAAAAUUAGGCAUUGAAUCCAUUGAUAUGUGAUUUUUUUUUUUUUUGUUUGCUUGUUUGUUUUGACUGCCAGAGAUUGACAGAGUUUCGUAAGACCUUGGACUCUGUUUUGUUUACAUAUUUAAAAAAAACAAAACUCCUUUUGUAACCCAUUUAGGUGUAAAAGUAUUUUUGGAUUUUUAUGCUGCCUUAUGAAUUUUGACACAGAACUGACACACUUUAAAAUAUGUAAUGACAGUUGACUGUAAUGUCUGUGUUAUAAUGAAUUCCAAUUUUUUUUUUUUACAGAAAAUGCUAUUGCUUUAUAUAUGACUUAUUUGUUAUUUAACUGACAGUGUAUUGGUAAACCAUUCAGCCAAGCCAGUAUUUAGCUAUAAUUUUGUGUUCUGAUUCAUUUACAGGCCUAUAUAUAAUCUUUUUAUUUUUUAUUUACAGAGUAAAUAAAGUUAGUUUGCAUGUAAGGUACAACAAAUACAAACCUAGGGUUGGUUUCAGCUUAUAUUUUAAUAGUAAACAUGUCCAUUGAGCCCUACUUUUAAGCUCAUUAGAUGGCCUACUUGACAUUUCUUUUACUCACUAGUAACUAUAAUUGUCCCAUGUUUCACUGUUGUUAUCGUGAAUUACACUGGACCACGAUGCAUUUCAAUACCUGAGGAAACACUGCUGCUUCUAGCUACCUGCUAGCUACCCCACUGCAAGAUAAAACAUUAUCUUAAACCAGACCUGAGUCAAAUACAUAUUUGUUAAAAAAACCUUUUCGGUGCUCUAUUGAUCUUGCCUGGUGCAGUUGAGCCUGCCGAGAGGACCAGGUGGCGGGGCGGGGUUUACACUUUUUGAGAGGAUUUCAUAGGUUCCAAUACGCCAGACAAGCACAGUCGAGCUUGGAAAAGUGUUUGAAUCCAAAACAAAUAUGUAUUUGACCCAGGGCUUUCUAAAACGCUAUUUGUACAACAAAGGUAAAACAAGCAAUUUUGGGGCUGAUUAAAGACGGUACUGUUCCUGGUGUGUCCUCAGCAUUGUCAGGUCUCCCUUUCCAUUGAAAUGGUUGAUAGGAGUAAAAAGCAUCUGUGCACUGGCUGAUGUGAUUACGGUCUUUGACAUUAUCAUAGACGUUAUAUUUUAGACAUUAAAAGUGUGUUUUUAUACAUGUUUCAGAUACGCUCUAUGUAUGGUGCUUUUGUAUGGUCUUGUACAGUAGUUACAAAAGCCCUAAAAUAGUUUCAUUUCAAAUAUAUUUAUUAAUAAUGACAAGGUAAAAAAUGUAUUUUUCUAAUAUGCAGUAUUUUAGAGUUGCGCUGUUGGUAUAUGGUACUAAAAAAGGAUGUAGACCGAAAUGCUUUUUUAUAUAAAAUGUAUUGCAAAUCAGAAAUUCACAGCUUUACUACCUUGUCGAGUUGAUAUGUUGAACUCUAGGAGUGCCUCCCCCCCCUUUCACAUGUACUGUACAUUACUGUUCAAAGAAUUUUAAUUUUACACACUAACAUUUUUCAGGCUUCUGCUUUACUCACACAGUGUACUUAUUAUGUUACCUUUGUUUAGAAUAAUGCAAUUAAAUGUACUUUUCAUUAAAAA